AUGUCUGCUCGUAUUGGGGUGGAGGACAUUCCGGAGACGUCCGGGUUAGCGCCGGCCUCUCCGACUCUUGGGGAGCUUUUGAAGUAUGUUAAUGAAGUAAAUGGUGAUGAGACGACAGGUCAUCGUGUUUUGGAAAUGAACCAAAUGAGCAACGAACCUCAGCCGUUGCCGUUUGUUUUGGCCUUCAGUAAUCUGACCUAUAGCGUGAAGGUACCGAGCAAAUUCGGGAUUCCUGCUGUUCUCGGGGGUCGGAAUAGGCCAGCCGCUCUUCCGGCGAUGGCGGCGGAACCAGUUGGAGGAGAGAAGCUGGUUUCGAGGAGUAAGAUUUUGUUGAAUGAAAUUUCUGGUCAAGCGAGGGACGGCGAGAUACUGGCGGUGCUUGGAGCUAGUGGAUCUGGGAAAUCUACUUUGAUUGAUGCUUUGGCGAAUCGAAUCUCCAAAGGAAGUUUGAAAGGUAACAUAACUUUGAAUGGAGAUCAAUUAGAAUCCAGAUUGCUAAAGGUGAUCUCAGCUUAUGUCAUGCAAGACGAUCUGUUAUUUCCGAUGUUAACCGUGGAAGAAACGUUGAUGUACGCUGCCGAGUUCCGCCUCCCUCGGUCGCUAUCAAAAACAAAGAAGAAGCUUAGAGUUCAAGCCCUAAUUGAUCAGUUAGGGCUCCGAAACGCCGCCAAAACAAUCAUCGGUGACGAAGGACACAGAGGAGUCUCAGGCGGAGAACGACGACGUGUUUCCAUCGGAGCUGAUAUCAUUCACGAUCCUAUUCUCCUGUUUCUGGAUGAGCCAACGUCCGGCCUCGACUCCACCAGUGCUUACAUGGUAGUCAAGGUGCUGCAACGUAUUGCACAAACCGGAAGCAUCGUCAUAAUGUCCGUACACCAGCCAAGUUACCGGCUUCUCGGGUUACUCGACCGGCUAUUGUUUCUGUCUCGUGGACAGACUGUUUACAGUGGCUCGCCGGCAAAUCUCCCUUUCCUUCUUCGCCGAUUUUGGCCAUCCAAUUCCGGAGAAAGAAAAUCGUACGGAAUUUGCCCUCGAUUUGAUCAGAGAUCUCGAAGGUUCUCCUGGAGGAACAAAAAGCCUAGUCGAAUUCAACAAAUCUUGGCAACUCCUGAAGCGAUCCCGACACACCCAAACCACCGGCAACGAAACUCCGACACAUGGCUUAUCGCUUACAGAAGCGAUAAGUGCGAGUAUAUCACGCGGCAAAUUAGUCUCCGGAGCCACCAGCGACCCUAA